AUGCUCAGAAAUGCUGUUCGUGUUUCUUCACCGUUGUCUUCCACACUAGUUCGUCGGGUUGACCCCGCUAUCCGAGCGAAUACUGGAGCUUUUUGCAAAUCCCUCGUGAACACGACAAUCCCAUGUUUCGCAAACGCUGUUAGAAACUAUGCGUCCGCUAAACCUUCAACUUCUGAAGUAUCUUCCAUUUUGGAAGAGCGCAUUUUAGGACUUAGUUCAACAGUAAACAUUGAAGAAACUGGUCGUGUGUUAUCGAUAGGUGAUGGUAUCGCUCGUGUGUAUGGCCUAAAAAACAUAAAGGCGGAAGAAAUGGUGGAAUUUUCAAGUGGUGUAAAGGGAAUGGCACUUAAUUUGGAACCUGAUAAUGUUGGUAUUGUCGUUUUCGGCAACGACAGAUUAAUCAAGGAAGGUGAUACAGUGAAACGAACUGGACAGAUUGUGGAUGUGCCUGUUGGUCCAGGACUACUUGGUCGCGUAGUAGAUGCACUUGGAAAUCCAAUUGAUGGCAAAGGACCAAUUCAGUCGACGGAACGUAGACGAGUGCAAGUAAAAGCACCUGGAAUUUUACCUCGUCGUUCGGUACAUGAACCUAUGUCAACUGGUAUUAAAUCUGUUGAUGCAAUGGUUCCGAUUGGUCGAGGCCAACGUGAAUUAAUUAUCGGGGAUCGUCAAACUGGUAAAACUGCAGUUGCUCUUGAUACAAUUCUUAAUCAAAAGAAGUGGAAUUUCGGUAAUGAUGAAACCAAAAAGCUUUAUUGUGUUUAUGUGGCUGUUGGUCAAAAAAGAUCCACGGUUGCUCAACUAGUGCAAACAUUAGAACAGAAUGAUGCUCUAAAAUAUUCAAUUAUUGUCGCUGCUACUGCUUCGGAAGCAGCACCUCUUCAAUACAUCGCACCUUUUGCAGGAUGUGCCUUUGGUGAAUGGUUCCGUGAUAAUGGCAAACAUGCAUUAAUUAUUUACGAUGAUUUAUCAAAACAAGCUGUUGCAUAUCGUCAAAUGUCUUUACUGCUACGUCGUCCACCAGGUCGUGAAGCUUAUCCCGGUGAUGUGUUUUAUUUGCAUUCACGUCUUUUGGAACGUGCCGCUAAAUUGAAUAAGGAUCACGGAGCUGGUUCUUUGACCGCUUUACCCAUUAUUGAAACACAAGGUGGUGAUGUGUCGGCGUACAUUCCUACAAAUGUUAUUUCUAUAACGGAUGGUCAAAUUUUCUUGGAAGCUGAAUUGUUCUUCAAAGGUGUGAGACCUGCUAUCAAUGUUGGUUUAUCUGUAAGCAGAGUAGGAAGUGCCGCUCAAACAAAAGCAAUGAAACAAGUUGCUGGUACUCUUAAACUUACCUUGGCUCAAUAUCGUGAAGUCGCUGCCUUUGCUCAAUUCGGGUCCGAUUUGGAUGCGUCGACGCGAUUCUUGCUGAAUCGUGGUGAACGUCUAACGGAAUUACUCAAGCAACCACAAUAUCAACCAUUGCCAGUCGAACAUCAAGUACCACUCAUAUUUGCCGGUGUCAAUGGUUUCUUGGAUAAGAUCGAUAGUAAACGAGUGAACGAAUUCGAGCACGCUUUUCUUCCGUUUUUAACCGCUAAUCAUGCCGAUCUUUUAGAAACUAUUAGAAAAGAAGGACAAAUAAGUGAAAGUACUGAUAAGAAAUUACGUGAUGUCACAUCUGACUUUUUGAAGACUUUUUAA